GGGCGACAGCAAUUGACAUGAUAGAAGACGAACUGUACUGCCCCAAAUACAUUACGAGACGGCGUCGCGUCAGCCGCGCGGGAUUUUACGGCAUCACGCGCGCAUCCGGUGCUUUUUCUCUCCACGUGAAAGAGCUUCGCCGCGGGAGAGAGGCUCAAAGGGUGGGGAGCUUGGGCUGGCCUCGAUCCGUCUCCGCCGGCAGACGACGUCCAAUUGCCGUGCGCGUCACCAACACCACACUUUGUACGCGUUACUCUUGUGCUCGUUUCCUCUCACUGUCUGCCCGUCCAUAGCACUUCGUCGCCGGCCGUUCGCGACUGUGGUGUACCUCGGCCCAGCAUCUCAUCGAGUCAAGCGUCAUAGGCGGGGCGGCGGAAGUGCAGACGCAGACCGCUCGUGCGUCGGUCGCAUGCGUCUUUGAUACAUCGAUUGAACUCCAACGACACCUUGGCGACGACGCAGCGCAGCAGGCCGGGUGGCCUUUUUAAUUUGCCAUCAUGUCGUGGAAACGCUCAGAGCGGCUGAUGGACACCAUCAAACACUACAGCAACUUCCCGGCGACCAGUGUAUCUCUCCGGCAGAUGGUCCAGUUCGGCGAGAAACCAUCUACAGGCACACUGUUCCGCGCAUCGCAAUUCCUCUCCGAAGAGCUCCCCAUACGACUGGCCCACCGCGUGCAAGAGCUCCACGAGCUGCCCGAUGGCCUCAAUGAGAUGCCCUCGAUAUGCAGGGUGCGGGACUGGUAUGCACAGUCAUUCGACGAGCUUACCAACCUCUCCCGGCCAAACAUCUCCUCCGAGGUCAAGAACCGCCUCUUGAGGCCGGCGAAGAAAACCGAAUUGACGUCCAAGGGCUCGCAGAACCCGAGCAUCAAGCCAGGCCAGUACCGGUCGUUGCCCGAGACGGCCAACGGCAAUGGCAACGGCCACGGCAGGGAAGUCAAGGGCGCCGCGACCGCGCGGAGAUACUACGCUGCCGCCGACGACGGGCAGGAGUGGCCGGUCGAGUUGGCCGCCUACAACACAAAGUUCGCCGAGGCGCUGGAGAAGAUCAAGCGGCGGCACGACAGCGUCGUCACGACCGUCGCACAGGGCAUCCUAGAAUGGAAGCGCAAGAAGCAGCGCAUGCAGAUCGACCACAACAUCCAGGCCUUCCUCGACCGCUUCUACAUGAGCCGCAUCGGCAUCCGCAUGCUCAUCGGCCAGCACAUUGCCCUCACCGACCAGCGCCAGCGCUCCGACCCCAACUACGUCGGCAUCAUCUGCACCAAGACCAACGUGCGCGAGCUCGCGCAGGAGGCCAUUGAGAACGCGCGCUUCGUCUGCGAAGACCACUACGGCUUGUUCGAGGCGCCAAAGGUCCAGCUCGUCUGCAACCCAGACAUCAGCUUCAUGUACGUCCCCGGCCACCUCUCGCACAUGCUCUUCGAGACGCUCAAGAACUCGUUACGCGCUGUCGUCGAGACGAGGGGCCAGGACAAAGAGGACUUCCCCGUGACAAAGGUCAUAGUUGCCGAAGGCCAGGAGGACAUCACCAUCAAGAUCACCGACGAGGGCGGCGGCAUCCCGCGCUCUGCGAUUCCGCUGGUGUGGACGUACAUGUACACGACGGUCGAUCAGACGCCCAGCCUCGAUCCGGACUUCAACAAGAGCGACUUCAAGGCGCCCAUGGCAGGCUUCGGCUACGGGCUACCUAUCUCGCGGCUCUACGCGCGCUAUUUCGGCGGCGACCUGAAGUUGAUUAGCAUGGAGGGCUACGGCACCGACGUCUACCUUCACCUCAACCGCCUGAGCUCCUCGUCGGAGCCGCUGCAAUAGCAAUUACCAGUCCGGAGAGACGAGUGGACAUCCUCGGAACUAGAGAUGAUCCGGUCCUCUCGAGGACGGGCACAGGGUAAUCGGAGCAUGCGGCUGAAGCUGAGCGGACAAGUAGGCAUGGAAGUCAGUGAGAGGCGGCAGGUGGGCGAUGCCGAGGAGAUGCUGAUGGAUAAGCCGUGGUGGCGGAAUGUCGGCAUGGAGGAGGGGAUGUAGACGCAGUGCGAGUAACGAGAGCGAAAAGGGGAAAGAAGGAAAUAAGAAAAGAGUGCGGCGCGAGGCAUUCUUGUAUCUAUGUACGAGCAUUUGAACGGUAGGGCUUCAUCUGGAUUUGGCACGGGAAUUUGGAGUUGGUGGUACACUUGUGUAUAUAGGCACACACUCGAUGGCUGUUGCGACGCAACGUUUUACUUGGGUUGGUAGAUCUGACAGAACCAAAGAAUCAG